AUGAAACCAGUUGUAUCGACAUUUCAAGCUUAUUGUUGUUUUAUUACUUCAUCAUUCGCCAUAGUUAUAUUAUCAGUCAUUGGUUAUCUUUUCCAGACCAAUAGUGAGUCAUUUAUGGGUUCAAUAAAUGAUCCUGAAGAUGGUAAAGCCGUGGCUAAAACUGUUUUCAGUGCUGUUUUUGUAUAUUUGGCUUUCUUUGCCUUUUGUGGAUUACAAAUUUUAUUGAUUCAACGACAAAGCAGUAUACAAUUAUAA